AUGAACCCGUAUACAAAACUAAUCUCUUACCUAAGCCUCCUCCUAGGAACAACCAUUACAAUCUCAAGCAACCACUGAAUAAUAGCUUGAACCGGACUAGAAAUCAACACCCUCGCUAUCAUCCCCCUCAUCUCAAAAUCCCACCACCCCCGAGCUGUCGAGGCCACAAUCAAAUACUUUCUAGUCCAAGCUGCCGCUUCAACACUGAUACUCUUCUCAAGCAUAACUAACGCCUGGUUCACAGGACAGUGAGACAUCACCCAACUAACCCACCCGACAUCCUGCCUCCUACUGACAGCAGCAAUUGCAAUAAAACUGGGACUAGUCCCAUUCCACUUCUGAUUCCCAGAAGUACUCCAAGGCUCUCCCAUAACCACUGCCCUAUUACUAUCAACAAUGAUAAAAUUCCCCCCAAUUACCAUCCUCUUCAUAACAUCCCACACACUUAACUCCACAUUACUAACCAUCCUAGCCAUCACCUCAGCAGCCCUAGGGGGCUGAAUAGGACUAAACCAAACACAAAUCCGAAAAAUCCUAGCCUUCUCAUCCAUCUCCCACUUAGGCUGAAUAACCAUCAUCAUCAUCUACAACCCCAAACUUACCCUAUUAACCUUCUACCUAUACUCAUUAAUAACUAUCACAGUAUUUCUCACACUCAACACAACCAAGACCCUAAAAUUAACCACAAUAAUAACGUCAUGAACAAAAGCCCCCAUAUUAAACGCAACCCUAAUAUUAACACUCCUCUCUCUAGCAGGACUCCCACCACUAACAGGCUUCCUACCCAAAUGACUUAUCAUCCUAGAACUUAGUAAACAAGAAAUAACUACCACAGCCACAGCCAUUGCCAUACUCUCUGUACUAGGGCUAUUAUUCUACCUUCGCCUCGCAUACUACUCGACAAUUACCCUCCCACCAAGCCCCACAAACCACAUAAAACAAUGGUACUCCUACAAACCAACAAGCCCCCAAGUUGCCAUCCUUACCUCCUUAUCAACUACACUCCUACCCCUUUCCCCCGUAAUCCUAGCAACCACCU